AUGGUAAUUCCUAAACUGUUCAAAACCGUUAGGUUUUUCUUCUUCUUCUCACUUCCUCACUCUCCUCCUUCUUAUUCUUCCACCUGUCUCUUCUCCAAUAUCACUUCUUCUCCUUCCACAAUUUUCCUCCGCCUUUUCCACUCCCCAAGUUCCUUCCUUUUCUCAACUCCGACCUCUUCUUCUACUAUGCACUCUGAUAUUCAUAACUAUGCCACCACAUGCUCCAGCGCUGCUCUUCACUUGCAUUCACCUUCCACUCAUAGGUAUUUAUAUUUGAAUUCGUAUUCGUAUUCGUAUUCGAACUCUUAUUCUUCUUACCGUGGUAGACUAUCUGGUGAAGUUUCUGAUAUUGUUGCCUUGAUUCGUGAGGAUGGGAAUGAUUUAGGGAUUAGGUUAAAUAGGAUGAACUUGCGUUUGUCUAAUGCUUUGGUUGUUGAGGUUUUUGAGGUCUUGGCAAUUGAGAGAGUUUCAGCACUGAGGUUCUUUGAUUGGCUGAAAAACAACCAUGCUGAGAUUUGUGGCGAUCCGGAGAUAGGUUUCUUGGUUGUUAAUAACUGUGGUCUCUUGGGAAAUUAUGAAGCUAUGGUUCCAAUUUUGAAUGAAUUUAACCUUAAAAGGGUGCCCUUGAGACGAAAUGCUUUUGGAUUCUUGCUGUUUUUGUGUUUGGACAAGGCUUCUGCAAUCGAAUGUGUAACCAAAACGAUUGGUGUGCUAAAUGAGGUUGGUGGGGCAUGUCAAAGUUCUGGUUUUCGGUUAUUGAUAGAGAUGUUGGGUGUUUUGGGGCUUGUUGAUAUAGCUAAAUUUGUUUUAGGAACAAUGAGAAGGAAGGUGAAUCACUAUAAUAUCUUAAUAAGUAUAAUGUGCAAGAGAGAUGAUUGCAAAGGAGCAGAGGAUUUGUUAAACGAGAUGAAGAGAAGUGGUUGUGAUCCAAACAGACUUACUUAUAAUUUGUUGAUUAGUUGUCUAUGCAAGAAUGGUAAAUUUGCAGAAGCUUUUGAAAUGGUUAAAGCUAUGGAAAAAGAGUGUGGUAGACCUGAGGCAAGCACCUUUGAUAUUCUUAUUAACUUAUCAUGUAAACAUCACCAGUUUGAUUUAGUUUCAAAACUUCUUGAUGAAAUGACGCUGAAGGGUAUUGAACCUUGUGUUUCAACUCAUGCUGCGGUAAUAAAGUGUUAUUUUGCUUCAGGAAAAUAUGCGGAAGCGCAUGAAUACGUGGUUGGUACUACCAUUAAGCGGAGUUUUUCCAGCAAUGCAAACUACAGCUUACUUGCUGACCUUCAUUUGAAGACAGGAAAUGUUCUACUUGCGCAGAAGAUUCUCUUCGAGAUGAUGGAUAAGGGUCUUAAACCAAAUUUUCCAGUGUACAUGAAGAUAAGGAAGCGUCUUCAAAAGAAAAAUGAAAUGGAUUUGUCUAUGGAAUUAUCAAGAAGAUACUUGAACUUGAUUGAAAAAUGA